AAAACAAAGCUCCCAUUUCAUGGUUGACAUGACUGUGUUUUCUUUAGUUUUAAUUAAAGCUAAAACCCUUGAAUCAUUGUGGAUUAAAUCCUACUUUUGCCCUUGUGCUGCGUGUAGUAAACGUGCUCUCACUGAUCAGACUGGAGGAUUACAAGAGUAGGUUUAUUUUAGAGCUUUGAGCCUCUAGGUAAUCAGCACUGAGAUGUUGCAAAGGCUUUUAUUGACGUCUUCUGAGACCGUGCACGCUUUUUGAGACCUGCCAAACCACACCCUUCAUGUUGAGUUUAAAACAUCAACGUGUGUGGCGUUUCAUGGGGAAAAGAGCACCGGUUAAGGUCAUGAGCAGUAUACUUACUUCCUGAUGAUUGCUGCAUGGCUGAGAAAACCUCAAGGUACCAUGGCUGCUUAAGUAAAUCUCCAUCUUUUGUAUUUUCCUCCUAUUUUUUCCAGCACUUUCGGCGCAAAAGAGAAUUCAUCUUUUAUUUGCUCAUCUGUGUUGCCAAAAUGCCAUUCAUACCACCAGUAUCGAUUGCACGCUCUGUAUCAGGACUGACUGGAAAGGAGAGAACGGUCAGCACAGCAGCCACAAACUCAACUGCAAAAGCUAAAGAUUCAAGAGAAAGCAAAGGUGGCUCGGUCAAGGAACGUCUGACUUUAAACCUGAAGCACCUAGGAAGGAAGAAUCCGCCCAAGAGUCACCUUCCGACCGUAAAAGGAGUAUCAGCGGUUGAACUGAACCCAAAGAAAAGGGAUCGCUUUUUCUCUUCAUCCCAAGCUGGUAGCUCUCCUACGUCCACCUCAGGAGAGUGUCUGCCAAAGAAACAGCCACACAAACCUGUGAGCCACAGCUCUGUCAAGAGUGAACCAACACUGAAGGGAAGGACCAGAGACCAGGAGGGGGCCCGUUUUACAUUGACCCUCACCCCUGAAGCCGUGCUGUUGCUGCAGCGGAGGAACAGUGAAAAGCAUCAGCGAUCAGCUGCCAGACAUGCUGGUGCUGGAGGCAGUGCUUCAGGAAACGCCACGGAUGCCAGACGCAGGAGGCUGCAGUCAACACCUCCAGGAAAUGGCACAGUAAAUGGCAGAGUGACGGCAAAAAAACCAGCUGAAACUGACUUGGUAGAUAUAAGCUCAAUUGUGAAAGUUUCCCUCCUAAAUGAGAAACAUAAAUACGAUGAUGUGGAGUACGAAGAGGAAGACCACUACGGCGUGGACGAGCAUGUGGUGCUGAAAUGCACGGAGUGGCUCCGGGGUCUGGAGAACACAACCGUUACAGUUAGGGACAGUCUGAAAAGGAGUUCAAACAGCCUGAAAAGUUACCAGGGAGACUUUUAACGUGGGAUUUGGUUAAAAAAAAUGUUCCCAUUAUUUUAAUGUUGAUUAGUUUGUAUGUCUUGUUUUAAUUAAUGAAAACAGGACAGCCGUCUCAUUUAUCUGGCAUUUGCUGUAAGUUUAAUUUUAACUCUUAAAACAUUUAAAGACUUGUGUUUUCUUGAAAGACCCAUACAUUUUUUAUCCAAACAUUUGGUUAGUGAGGCACUGUGUGGUUUCCUGCCAAGUUGAAUUUUGAAAACCCUUUUGACAGAAGAUUAAUGUGUGGAUGACUAAUUUCAGAAUGUGAUGAUAUUGUUGUGCAAAGAUUUGCAUAGUCUUUAUAAACGGUUCCUGUAACAUCCAUGCGUGUAUGUGGUUAUAAUCUUAGAAAUUGUAAAAAUAAGUUUAAGCUCAACAUUUGCAUGAAAAAUUAAAGGAUUGAAAAA